AAAGGGAGGCAGUCUGUCAUUGUGAAACAGCACUGGCUGGAAUACACGUGUGAGUUUGCAGUUCCUCUUUGCGGAGUUGAACAGAGGCCAGGGCAGCAGUGGAGCUGUAGCAGACAGAAGGGGGAGGACUGACCAGCAUGGAGAUUCAGUCACCCCAGAAGAACUGAAUAAACAGCACAGCAAAGCUCCAAUGUGACUGAGAGAAUAAUCCAAACAAGAAAAGAAGGGAAGAUCCCCUUAGGAGUGUUCGUGUGACAGGAUCUGAGUAAGUGAAAGUAAAGGAUGUCCAGGAGCAGCUCCACAGGGGACCUGGUGCCCAAGGACAUCACGGAGAUGCUGGCCCUUCAGAAUAAAAUCAGCAAGAGCAGGAAGAAGCGAGGCUCAUCUCUGAGUCGGACUUUCAGCUGGUUUAAAGGCAGUAAACCUAAGAGGAUUGUCAGUAAUGGUCAAAGUCGAUCAGGGAGGUUGGGAGGUUGGACUGGAGAGUGUAGCACCAUCAUGCUGGAUGUUGACAAUUAUGAUGUUUCCAAAGCUGGACAAAAGCAUGACGAGCAGUCGAAACUGGCAGUGCAUUACACAGCCUCCCAACAAUACCAGGAGAAUGUGUUUAUUGAAGGUAGCAGGCCAAAGUAUCUGGAAGAUCUGCACACUGAAGCCCAAAAAGGACUACUACAAGUACAACAAGAAGAGCAUAACACUGCAAGGGACCUUGAGGAUGAUCAGCCUGUUUCCACAGAAACAGCACAAACAGAAAAUGAUGUCAACUGUGAAGAAAGUGCUAGACAUCUGAGCUUUGACAGCACUGCUGACAAUUCAUCUGUUGUAUCUGCAAUGUCAUCAAGACCUGUGCUAACACGCCAAGGUUCAACAUUUAAGCCUCUGAACCCUGUGAAGAGGCUGGACAACCCCAGAAAAAGGAGCAGAAGAACGACAAUUAUGGGCAUACCACAGCAGAUUCAGAAAGAAUUAUGUAUGGGGAGGGUAGCUUUACUUCAGAUCCAAAAUGAUGGAGGUGAAGAUUCAUCUGGUAGAGUCAUAAUCCCAAGAAUUGAUGGAGAGGUGCCUAUAACAAAUAAUGAAGGGGCACGUGUACACCUACAGGAUAUUGAAACCCUUCAGGUUUCUAGAGAUGAUCAACUUCUCAGCCAUCACAUAUAUGCGGUGUACAGAGAUGACUUCCUUCUUAACAUUAAAUCUGGAACACAAAUGUCCCAGAGACCCAGGUCUCUUGCUGUACCUGGAAUAACAACUUCCUCUGCCCUCUUGCAAGAACCACAAGGUCCUGUUAUGUCUAUCUCACCACAGGCUACAUAUUUAUCCACUAUAAUUCCUAAUGCAAUCCUACCUUCUGCAAUAGAUGUGAUAGAAAUUGAUAGAAGCUGCAACCGGCGGAGUGUACGUACAGUUAGCAAGAGCAGCUUAGCACCUGCAAGUCCAGCUUCUUCACGCUCAGGAGGAGGUACUCAUGAUGAACCAAAUUCCACCAGCUCUAAAUGGAGCCAUUCACAAUCUUCUGAGACUAUUGUCUCGCAGCCUUCCACCACCUCUUUUAAAGGAAGCAUUCCGUCUUCACAUGAGGAACAAAUGAGUCUGAAGAGCUCAAUAAGUUGUGAUGUUGCGGAAACUGCCCAAAACAGUCGAUUGUGUUCUCGUAACCUAUCAGUAAUGAAGGCUAAAUUACCACCAGCACCACCAAGGAGAACAUACUCUUUACACCAUGAAAAACUUAAACAAGGCCCAAGGCAACUGGCAAGCACUAAAGAUUUGAAAUACCUAGAUUCCAAUGGCAGGCAACCAGAUGUAGCUCUUAGUAAAAAAGAAGAUGCUACAUCAUCCUACACUGAAACUAUCUCUACCCAGUCUCCAGUGUCACCAUUUUAUGAUGACUCUAACUUUUCUGUGACUGUCAGUCCACAGAAACCUCUUCAAGACCCUACCAAAGAUCAAUCUGAAUCAAAUAACUCAUCCCCACAAGAUAUAUUUGAAAGAACUCUAUCGCCUUCAAGUGGAUAUUCAAGUCAAAGUGGGACACCCACUCAUUAUUCUAAAGAUAUUUGUCCUAGCUCUCCAAGAAAGCAGAAGCUGAAGCCUCCAAAGCCAGAGAGGACAGGAACACGGAUUUCUCCUGCAGUUUCAGUCUCCUCAUCCUUGGUUUCCCUGUCAUCAAAUGUAUCAGAUUCAGCCAAUCAGCUUACACAUACCCACAGUACUCAAUCACAGCCACCAAAGAUCUCUCCUGCUGUAACAACGAUAAAAAACUUAGUGACUCCACCACCUUCAGCAACCCUCAGGGACUUGUUUAACAUUCCUCCUCCUCCAAAGGUAAAAGCGCCUUGUCCCCCACCCCCUGAAACCUGGGUUCACAAUGAAUGCACAACUAAACUUUUAUGUGGUCCGAGUACAAGUGCCCACAGGAUACAAGAGCUUCAAAAAAAUGAUCACACAGACAUUUUAAUCAUGAAAAAUCAGGACACAAUAGAUACCACUAUCCAAUAUUGUGGUCAAAGAAAAAUAUCGGUAGAAACUGAAACAAAUGGAACCCAUUCAGAGAAUAAAUCAGCCACGAAUGAGCACAUUUUAGUACAAGAACAGGUUAUUCUGGAUAAAAAGGAACAAGUGGGUCAUGUUAUGCACAAAAGAAUGCAUGAAAAUUCAGAAGAGCUAAAAAUUAAGCAAGAAGAUUCAGUAAAUUCCAAGAAAUUGCAAUCAGAAGAAAAAAUGAAUCAAAUAUUGAUGUUAAAAGAGCACUUUGUCAUUGAGUCAUGUAAUGUUAGUACUGUUAUUUUGCCAGAGAAUGACUUUUCAACCCCAGAGAUAGAGAAAACAGCAGACCAGAAUUUUGUUAAACAUUCUACUGAUAAAGAGAUCCUCAAUCACAGAACAACAAAAAGUCUAAGUGUUGAAGGUCCUAGAGACAUUGGUAUUGCUCCAUCUCCCUCUCCACCUCCUGAACAUUCUCCUCCACCACCACCCACUGGGUCUGAAAUGUCUUCAGUAUGCUCAGUGUCUGUACUAUUACAGGAGGAAGAAGUACAGCCUGAAAUUGAAAAAGAACUACCCACUGUAGAGCCUUCCUGGCCUCCACCACCACCACCUAUGGACGACUCAUCUGACUUAGUAAUUGGACAGGAUGAAAUAGACUUCCCUCCACCUCCACCACCAGACAUGCAAGAAACAUUUAUUGUCAUAUCUGAGAAUUACAAGGUAGAAUUAUCAGGACAGGGAGACAGUGCGCCUUCUGAGGAGUCAGCUGAUUUGUCAGACAUAACCAUUCACACUGAGCAAAAUCCAGAUCCAAAAAUUAUUCAGAGCACAACAUUAGUGGAGAAAAUAUUACAUGAACCUCCACUAACUGAUAGCAUUCCAAAUGUGUCAGAGAACAAACUGUUUGAUCAAACACAUGCUAAACCACAAUCUUUCGAGAAUGUUUCACAAAGUUACAUUGAUCUAGUUGGUGCAGAAACUCUUGUAUCUUCAGAAAGUUAUUUGAAAUCUUCCAAAUCACAGGAUAUACCUUUACAUUCUCUGCCUCAAGAAACCCCCCUUCCACCUCAACAUGAUCCACUCGCUACUGAUUUAAAAAUUACACCUUCCGUUCCAGUGGAAGAUCAGUCCACAGUUAAUUUCAAAAGACAACCAAGUUUAAUAAGUAAAGACAGCAGAUGCAAAGGACUUUCUUCCACACAGAAAUGUGCACCUAUUCCUAAAGAGGAUGCAAACAUUCCCCUUGUCACACCUUCUCUACUUCAAAUGGUUCGUUUACGGACUGUAAAUGUUGAAGACCAAGAAGACCUAUCACAAAAAGUUACAGAGACCAAAACAGACCAAGAUCUGUUUGUGUCUAGUCAAGUAACUCCACAAAAACCUAUUCGCAAAUCCUGCAUAAAAUCCAUGGAGUCUCCUGUGAAGGCAUCUCAAGCUCCUUCCAUGCGCCUUCAGGAGGCUAUACGCAUGAAGACAGCAGCCAUGUCUUCUAGUGGCUUCCCAGCAAGGCCCAGUCUACGUUUGCCAACCCCCACUGCAAACAGUAAUGAUGUGCCUGUACCGUCCCCUAAGACACUUGAUGAUUGUAAGUCCCCUGCCUCUACAGCCAGCUUCAUUUUCUCCAAAAGCACAAAGAAAGUUGUUAUUGAAACAGCCAUAUCUCCAGAGGCCCAGGCCAGCCUGAAGCAGAGCCUUGCAGCAGAGCUUAUGCAAAUUUCUGAUCAGCAGAAUUCAACAGUUCCAAAUUGCAUAAAGAAGCAUCACAAGGUUCCACCACCUGUUGCAAAGAAACCAGUAUAUGCAACAAAUCCAUCAGAAAAAGUCGGAACUGUCACAAAGCUUACAACUAUCGGCUCUUCAAGUAAACAAAAUAACGGAGUAGCAAAUAAUCAAUCUGCUGGCCAGCAAGUUCCCUCCACCACAGGUAAAGAAUAAACUACAAGGUUUCUUGCAUAAUGCUUUGGGAGAAAUGUUCAACACAAGGAAAAGGAAGUUAGCAAAGACAAUGUGUAGCAAUUGUGGACAAUGUCACUGUUCUAUUGUAAAAGCCUUAGCCUGAACAUGGCCUUCAUAUUUAAGCAAAAAAAAAAAAUGGAUUUGGUACCAAUUCUUUUGAUAUAAUAGCUUUACUGUAGCUUUGGCAUAUUUUUCUACACAAUACAACUUGUCUCUUUUGGCAAAUUAUAAAUCACCUUAUAUUAUUAGGGGUGGUUGCGCAGUUAGAUCUUGUAAAUUCCUAAGUUUAUUAUUUAACUCCAAUGUUAAUCUAUCAUAUAUUGGUUAUAAUGGGUAGUAGGCACUGCUGAUCAAAGACCUCUUUCCCAACACAAUUAUGCAUUCUAUGCUCAUUAUUACAUUUUAUAUCCUCUAUUUACACUACAUAACCAAAGGUUUGCUGACUCCUGAUCAUCACACCCAUAUGAAAAUUGUAUUGCAGACAAUUUGAACUUUGUAUUUCUUUGCUCUUAUAAUAAACUUUACUUUUUUGAAAAGGUCUUCCAUUAGAUCUUGAAACAUUUACCAAUUCAGCCACAAGAGCAUUAGCGUUAGGCCUGCGGUGUAGUCUGCAUUCUAUUUAAUCACAAAGGUGUUCUGCAGGGAUGAGGUCUGGGCUCGGUGCAGGACACUUGACUUCUUUAAAUUUUAUAGACCAUUCUUUGUGGACCUCACUUUGUGCACAGGUGCAUUGUCAGGCUGUUACAUGUUUGGGGCUCUUUGUUAAUUGUAAUGCUACAACAUAUUAAGAUAUUCUAUACAUUUGUUUGCUUCCAGAUUUGUGGCAACAGCAAGCGCAUGUGGGAGUGAUGGUCAAAUGUGAACAAUCUUUAGGCCAUAUUGUGUAUAUGGAAGAGGCUAAUGCUAUGAUUAAUACAUUUUGAGUGCGUCUUAUAGAAUUGGCCACCUGCAUCUUUAUAAUUGUAUAUAAUAUGUUACACAUGCUUAAGGAAAUCACAGUAUACACUGAAUGUGCUUGACAGGUGUGUUUAAUGUUUAUUACAUUAAAAAUGACUUUUUAUUAUUAUUUCUAGAAAAAGCACUUUGCAAGCUACAUAUGCUGAACUAUUUCUAAUGAAAUGACCAAGACAGUAACAUCUGCUUCUUAACUAAUGUCAAUUACAAAUAGUAUUGAUACUUUGAGAAAAAAGGUGCAUUAAAAUAUUUGGAUAUUUUGGGUUUACAACCUAUAUCAUGAAUUCUGAGUCUGGCAGUCAUGAGUCCUGGCAUUGUGGAACCUUUUUUUUUAAGGUUUCUUUUAAAACUAGUAAAUUAUACCACUGAGUAUUUUCCAGUAUUCUCAAUUAUAUGCAAUGUAUUUUCUCUACUCAAGUAAAAAUAUCAUUUCAUAUUCUAUAAAUCUGGUCUGAAUAUAUCCAUUGAUG